AUGCCGUCCAGAAAGAAGAAAACGAAAUCACAGGACCAAAAAGAGCAAUCAACUGCCCAGUUGUCCGCACCCACCCCUUCUUCAGAGACGUUGCCCAUACCUGGGGUAUCCACGGAGGCCGGCACAACCCCACAACCGCCCGAACAGGUUCUUAUGAUAUGUAGAAACAAGCACUGGAAAUACAUCUCGUCCUUCAUGGGAUCAUGGUCACACAUCCCUUUUGAGGUUCUCGAGACUAUUGCCAAUGCGAACUACAGCGCUCCACGGCCACGGCCUGUUGAUCCAGGGGUCCUCUUCGACCUGGUCAAGAUCCGGAGGCUUGUCGAUGAAGCUACGGACCUCGCCGUGCGUGCCGCGAGCGGCGUUGCCUUUCUCGGCCCGCAGAACACGAGCGGGGUCCCAUCUCAUAUGCAGGCGUUAGGACUAGGGUUUGGUCACCAGUCACAGCCACAGACGAGAUUGAGUCCGGAGAGGAAGCACCGGAUGAGAGAGCAGGCGGUCCACAGGCUAGCAGAGGCAUACCGGAUUGAUGAGAUCAUCGCCAGUGUGGCCAGCAUGCAAAGCACAUCGUCUCUCGAGGAGGUAGCCUCCUUGGUCCUUCAGCGCAAUCCCGGCAACGCUGACGCCAAAUACGUCCAAUUCUUCCACGAGAAGAUUCCAAGCCGGCAGGUGGCGGGUAAGACUGACCUGACCAUCUUGGAUAAGAUCAUUGGCGCUGUCACGAUAAACCCGGGGCUUUUACGAACCAGAGGCGUGGUACGCACUUACAAUGAAGACUACCAGAACGCAGCCAAGGACCUGACGGAAGCCCUCAGGGUUCAUCUCCUUUAUAAUCCUGUGCACAAAUCUCCCAUCUUGAACCAGGACGAGCCAUCUUUGGACACCGCAGCUUCGAGGAAACAUGGGGAGGUCAAACUAAAAGAGGAGGACCAGCCCACUACUUUGGACAUACAGUUGCACUUCCAGCGGGCUGGCGCCUGGUUGAAUGUUGCUGCUAACUACAUCAGCGCCGCUUUUCCUGCUAACGUGCCCAUCGGCGAGGCACAGUCCGGAUCGCAGGGGCCAUCACCGACAGACGAGGCACAAAAGAAAAUGGCUGAAGCAAGAAAGCUGGUACGACAGAAUGCGAAGAAGGCGCUGCGUGACUACACCGCCUUUCUCUCUCAUUUCGAAUACUCGCCUAAUCUGCCGAUUGAGAUCGCCGACGAAUUCACUCGCAAAGUGGUGAGUGCCGAGGGCCGAACACCGCGAUCUCAUACCUAUAAGCGGUUGAGCUCAUCCGGAGCCGCAUCUAAACCUCACCGCGUUUAUGCACUCCCCGAGCUGUUUACUUCAUCCCCGCCGGCGGGUCUACCGCCGUACCCGAGCACGGAAGACGCCUCUGAAGCUGCUCCUGGAGCUCCUUCGCUAGCACUAGGGAGUGAGCCUUGGAUUACAACCGAAAUCUUGACGUUCCACCCUUUGGUGCCUGAAGCGCUUCACUCUCUCCUGCUCUGUCACUGUUUGAUCCAGACAUCGACCAAAGAACUCCUCCGGCACGCGAACAUGGUGGCACGACUCAUCCGCCUUGCUGAUGGGUAUCCGUUCUUUCAGCCAAGCUGGUGUCCGGCUAAGAUAGAAUGGAUGAGGGUGAUCCGCACAACAAAAGAUUGGUUACACCUCUCCGACACGUGGCAUAAUCUCUGCAAACUCGACCCUCUCCCGCAGUUUUAUUGCACGGGCGAGGACACUGUGCCCGUGCCAGUCCCUCCACACAUUGCCCAAAUGGCCCAACUUACCACAGACCAACGGCUCGGCAGUUCUCCCGCGCAGCCCGACCAACCACCUACCUCCCAGGAAGACACCAAGCGGACUGCCUCCCACGACGAUAGGCUCGCAGACGAACCCGCAGUCCGCAUGGCCAUCCAGGCACGCCAGAUGCUCGCCGAACGCGAGCACCACAUGGACAAAACUGUCACCUCGAUGGAUCCUGAGCUCAUGGGUUAUGACCUAGACGAGGCCCAGGCCGGAGCUCACGGUUCUAACACCACCACUACCAUUCCCACUGCUGACAGCCGUACUAAGCCGCAGCAGCAGGAGCAGCAGCUGCGGUGGAGCCUUACCCCGGGACCUGGAUCAGACCAACCGCCCGCGGGUGUGAUUCACCGCGCCAAUCGGAUUAUCCAAUGGGUUACCCAAGCGCCCCCGCCGGCUACUAGGACGGGGGCAGGUGGUGGUGGUGAAGGUGGUACGCGACGGCGGAAGAAGAAGAAGGGUGGCGCUAGCGCGACUGCUGCGUUGAGGAAGCCUGCCGGGUCUUCUGAGGCUCAAGUUGGUGAAGGGGGUUCUCAGGGGGAUGGUGAAGGGGAGGAGGGGCAGGAGGAGUAA